AAACAUUCUCAGAGUUGAGGCAAUUCUCGCGAGACCUCGAAGAGACCUCACUAGAACCGGCGGAAGUAGGAGCAAGCUCUUUCCGGGCGGCCAUAGCCGAUCGAGCUGCAGUCAAAAUGAAGUUCAAUCCAUUUGUGACUUCGGAUCGCAGCAAGAAUCGCAAACGGCACUUCAAUGCUCCAUCUCACAUUCGGAGGAAGAUCAUGUCUUCACCCCUGUCCAAAGAAUUGAGGCAGAAGUACAAUGUUCGUUCUAUGCCCAUCCGAAAGGAUGAUGAAGUUCAAGUUGUUCGGGGCCAUUAUAAAGGACAGCAGAUUGGCAAAGUAGUCCAGGUAUAUAGAAAGAAAUACGUUAUUUACAUUGAGCGUGUACAGCGUGAGAAAGCUAAUGGCACAACUGUACAUGUGGGCAUUCACCCUAGUAAGGUGGUGAUCACAAGAUUAAAGCUGGACAAGGAUCGUAAAAAGAUCUUGGAACGCAAAGCAAAGUCUCGCCAGGUUGGAAAAGAGAAAGGAAAAUACAAGGAAGAAACAAUUGAAAAGAUGCAAGAAUAAAAUGGACUUUUUGUCAGAUCCAUUAAAAUUCCAGUAAAUUGUA